AUGGCGACUGAAGAACGCAGCUUCAAGACUCAAGAUUUCACGGUACCAUCAAACGGGUCUGGCGAAACUAUCCAAGUUCGCAUCAGCGAGCCUAAUCUUACGUCCGAAAACUUGGGUCUGGAAACCUGGGCUGCCUCUCACAUUCUAGCCUCUCAACUUCAUCACCUGGGCCCAAAAAUCCAGUUUCCUGCACCUAGCUCGGAUGUCGUUCCUAUUCUUGAGCUCGGCGCUGGUACAGGUCUCGUGGGCGUCACGGCAGCGACGCUAUGGAAGCAGCCGGUUGUGUUGACAGAUCUCGCUCCUUUGGUCCCGGCGUUGGACGCCAAUAUCGAUCUCAAUUCUGAAGGUCUUAGGAAGGCAAACACAAAUAUGGAAGCGGGAACUCUGGACUGGAAGCAUCCCACCACACUACUAGUCAAGGACGAGCAGCGACCUCAGACGCAAGCUCAUGUCAUUUUCGCAGCCGACACAAUCUACUCAGAAGAGCACCCCGAAUUGCUCGCAAACGUCAUCUUGAAGUGGCUGAGGAAGGACAAGGAGGCUAGAUUUUUGAUUGCAUAUCCUUUGAGAGUGUGCUACAUUGACUACAUCAGAGAAAUGUGGGAGAGGCUCGAGGAAGGCGGUAUGGAAGCCAUGGAAGAAGGCAGAGAGGAAGCAAGUCAGGACCUCUUCAACGACGAGAGAUUGGUCGAGUGGAGUCUCUGGAGGUGGAAGGAUCUGUGA